CCGUUAAAGGAAAGAUAGCUAUAAGGAAGUUGAACACUGCGCGAAUGAAGAUUCACAUAAAUUAGAGAGAAGAGUCAGUUUGUCACAGCAUAACCCACAGUAGACAGGUCAACGACGCCACGAACAGGUGAUAAUACUUAGAUGUAGUGCAGGGCGUCAUAAAGGGAGAAGAAAGGAUUGACAUGUGGUAGUAUAAACAGCUGUAUCAUUAAUUCUUAGACAUCAUGAUUUUAGAACAAUUUAGAGGUCACCAGAACUUAUAACUCAAGUGAGUUUUUAUGAUUUGUCAUCAGCAAACUGUAUCUGUAAGUGUUUCACAUUUUUAGCUCACCUGAGCUGGAAACUCAAGUGAAAUAUUCUGAUCACUUUUUGUGCACUGUCUGUCUGUUUGUCCUAAUGCACAGUUUUCACUUAUUCGAUUUCUCCAGAACCGCUGUGACAAUGUCAAUUAAACUUGGUACAAAUGAUCCUUGGAAGAAGGCCCUUAGGAGAAUCAAGUUGUUAAAAGGAAAAGUCAUGAUCCCUUCAAAAUUGAGAUAAUCAAGAAAAUGGAAAAAGAGGGUGGAGUCCUUUGAAAUUUUUCUAAAGAAGCGUUGGGCCAGAAAAGUUGAAACUUACAUAAAGGCUUCCUGACAUGGGUACCAUCAAGUUUGUUCAAAUCACGGCCUCCAAGGGCAGGGUGGAAUAUUUUAGGGGAUAGGAGUUUUACAUGAGUAUAUACAUAACAUCUUUGAAAACGUUCUUGUCAAGAACAACAGAGCUCUGAGUAGUACUGUCAUGUUGAUAUAUGCAAGGAUACCCAGGUAGUGUAGAUUCAAAUUUGAUGAAAUCAGUACCCCCAAAUCCAGAACCCUGUGGAUAGUGUGUGUUCACAAUAGGGAUCAAAGUUUUGGAUGAUAAUAUAUAUAGGAAAAUAUUAUUCUCAACAACAGUAAAUCCAUGAUUAGUCAUGAUGACAAGACCGUACAUUUCAUACCAUGAUUGUUGACCUUUUAACCUUGUAUUUCAGUUAUGUUGUAAACUUUGGGGCAAGAAAAACAAAGAACAGCUGAACAAGAGCAGAGCCAAGGUAACUCGGGUGAUAAUAGCUAGAUAUAUCAGCAUCACAAAGACAGAAGAACAGAAAACAGGCACUGAAUCCUCAGGACAGCUGUGUGAAAGAGAAAAGGAAGAUAAAAGCAGAGUGGUUCACACUGGACUCCCAUGAGGUCCUGCAUUACUGAGGAAAGAAAGGUGAUGUUAAAAAGCAUCAGUUUUGACCACACAGAGUAUCCUUAAGUAGGGGGACUCAACAUUAAUCAAAAUCUGACUUCCUGUUUUGACGAAGGCUUGGACCAUCAACAAGUUACUGUAUAGAUUGUGUUCCUAAAGACCCAGACCCUCCACAUCAUGGACACACUAGGACUCAGCACUCAGCUAAAAGUACGACAAUGUUCUCAAUGUCAGGGGGACACUGAGUUUUACUGUAACACAUGUAAAUGUGAUCUGUGUUUACAGUGUAAAGAGAAACAUGUCAUUGAUCUACAUACCAAACACCAUGAUGUUGUGAUUUACCGUGAGAAGUUUAACUACAUCCCCAGACAAGAGAUCUGUGUCAGACAUCCAGACAGGUUCUAUGAAAUGUUCUGUCAGUCGUGUGAACUUUCUGUCUGUUUCCGAUGUUUAGAGCACCGAAAACACCAAAUACUGGACAUUAGAACAGCCUAUCAAACAAAGCGACAACAACACCGAGAAAUCAUUGACAACAUCAGAAGUGAGACUCUCUAUAACUGUCGUGUUCUCCUGGCAGGAAUCCAAACUGAUAUCCAAACUUGUCCCCCACAAAUCUGUCACCGUCAAUCACAGAUGUCAACAAAAGCCCAGAGACUGAAGGAUCUGAUUGACACUGCGGUAUGUGAUGUUAAAACAAGAUACCGAGGUUUAUUGAUUGAUAGAAUACAACAACAGAAGAGAAAAAUGAACAGACACCUCACCCACAUACAGAACUAUGAAGACAGAUAUGAACAAUCAGCAAACAGAGCGGUACAAUUCCUCUUGUUUAUAAAGACCAGUCGUGUCCCCCAGAUAAAGGACACCCCUAAUCUUCCACAACACCCGCUGCUGUCCCUGACUGAGGGAUUCAACAUGGAGGAUGUCAGUCAGUUAUUGAGGGGAAUCCCAGAAAUCCAAAUGACAACAGGAAAACGACAAGUAGGAAUAGACGAGUGUGUGAAACUGAUGUCCACACCUGUAUUACACACGUCUGUCUGUGUGACAGGUGUUAGACGUGUGUUACACAUAUCUCGUGUGAUGUCAGACCGGGUCUGGGUCUCUGAUGUAGACAAUCUCAUCUUGACAGACACAACAGGAGACACUAUACACCGUGUGACAGAUAUAACACCAUGGUCUACAGGAGAACACACAGUGAACAGUUCUGGUGAACUGAUUUAUAUAGACAGUGAUAACAUCAACAAACUGUCUGUGAACAAUCAAACAGUCACCACACAGAUAGAGUAUACAUCACCAUGGCAACCACACUGUGUGUACUGCUCCCCGUCCACUGGAGAUCUGAUGGUGGGGAUGUGUAACUAUAAAACAGAUACAGGCAAGGUAACCCGGUACAACAGUAGUGGUCAACACAUCCUGACCAUACAACACCACAACAAACGUCACACGAUGUAUAGUCGUCCUCGUUAUAUCACAGAGAACAAUAACGGUGAUAUUAUUGUGUCUGACGUGUCACGUGGUGCUGUAGUGGUGACAGAGCGCGGGGGGAGACAUCGAUUCUCCUACACAGGACCUCCAUCAGGAUCAUCACUAUGGCCACGUGGAAUCUGUACAGACGCGCUGUCACACAUCCUGGUGUGUGAUUUUAACACCGACACAGUACAGAUGAUUGACAAGGACGGUCACUUCCUGUCUCUGUUACUGACAGAACACGGGAUAAACAAACCACACAGCCUGAACUAUGAUGAUAAAACUCACCUUCUCUGGGUCGGAUCAUUCAUCACCAACACAGUGUCUGUAUAUAGAUAUCUACAGAGGAGGUACUCUCUGACUGAUAAUCCAGACAGAGAUGAGCGGAUCACGGAAGCUUCAAGUUAGGAGAUUCAGGAAUCAGUAACAGAGCUGGAAAUCAGUGAAGAGUCCGAGACUGAAGAAAACUGUGAGGACCUGAAGUCUGAGGACAUUGCUGAAUAUUUAAUAUUUAAACAGUAUUUUAUUAUGACAAUUCAUGAUAGGAUUGGACAACAGACAUUGACUAUAUAAGUCCUCUCCAUAGAAGGGCAUUGCUGAAUCAGGUAGAAGUGGAGAAAUUGUGUAGAGGAAAAUGAUGAUAAUGAGAAAUCAGAGGAAUCUGAUGAGGACACUCCUGAAUCUGACGAGGACACUCCUGAAUCCCGCUGUCAGUGGUGUCUCAACAUUUCCAAUUGUCAAAAUGAAGUUGAAAUAAGUCAAUGCAUGCAAAGAUAUGUAUUGUGUGAUUUGAAAGACGAGAGACCCAAGGGCCAUAUUAGUUGUGUCAUCUUUUAUACGUAAUGUUCCAAAACUCAUUCUGUCGUAACACUUGACAUAAAAUUUUCAUUUCUGAGGAGUGUUUGGAAAGUGAGUAAACUGAUUCUGAUGGUGAGGAUGUUCCUGAUAAAAAAACUCGAGGAUGAGCAGAAACCAUGAAAUAGAUGAUAACAGUGAUGAUAAGGAUUUAGAGGAGACCUGCGAAAAUGAGGAUAAAUAAGCAGAUCUGGUUAAUUACAUUGAAAUAAGACAGGUAUUUCGCCAAGUAAACAAACGACUUUUCCCACUAAGUUGGUUGCCUUUCUUAGAAUUUCUGUCAUAUUUGAAGCUGAAAUGGUCAGUCACUAAAAUUACCAUCAUGUAUCCUCCAAAGUAUUUAUCUUCUAGAAUAUUGCAGUUCUACAUUGAUUAUAUAUUAAAUUGUGUAUAUAUUUAGAUAUCUGAUUUGUUAUUAACAUUGCAUUGUUUGAAGAAUGUUAUAUCAGAAUAUAAUAUUUCCACGUAAAA